GUCCCAUGGGGGACUAGAUAUAGUGAAUGGAUGGGUCCGGGGAGACUAGAUAUACUGAAUGCAGGGUCCGGGGAGACUAGAUAUACUGAAUGCUGGGGUCUGGGAGAGACCAGAUAUAGUGAAUGCAGGGUCUGGGGAGACCGGAUAUAGUGAAUGCAGGGUCCGGGGAGAACAGGAAUAUAGUGAAUGCGGGGUCCGGGGAGAGACCAGAUAUAGUGAAUGCAGGGGUCCGGGGAGACCGGAUAUAGUGAAUGCAGGGUCCAGGGAGAGCGGAUAUAGUGAAUGCAGGGUCCGGGGAGACCAGAUAUAGUGAAUGCAGGGUCCGGGGAGAGCUAGAUAUAGUGAAUGCAGGGUCCAGGGGGACGGAUAUAGUGAAUGCAGGGUCCGGGGGGACUAGAUAUAGUGAAUGCAGGGUCCGGGGGGCUAGAUAUAGUGAAUGCGGGGUCCGGGGAGACCUAGAUAUAGU